CCCAGAGGAGGGAGAGGGGCGGUCGGAAGCGGCGGGAACCCGCUUUGGGGACACCCGGGCCUCCCCAAGGUCAGCUCCGGGGUGUGGGCCCCGGGUCCCCGCGGGCGCAACUCGGCCCUUGGUCUCCUCUGCCGUAAGAUGGCGGCCAGGUCGGCAGCCGGGACCCUGCGCGUCCCGUCCGGUCCCGACGCCGCAGAGCGACCUCGGCCCUGGCAGGAGCCGUCUUUGGGCAGCUCUGUGCUGCAGCCCCGCGUCUCCCCAGAUUGUGCGGUGAAAACGUGAGGGUCUCAGGGGAAGCCCCGGGUCGGUGUGGGAUUCGUGUAUGGGAAGAUACUGUGCCCCAUGGUGUCCCAGUCUCCUUUUUCCUCUUACAAAUUAAAGGGACUCACCCUUAAAGCGUGGAAGGCAAACAGCGAUUGGUGAAAUGGGAAGCCUGCUGCCCUGGUUUGUGGUUUAGGGUCCUCUGAAGCGGCGGUUUCAAAAUCCCAGGGCUUAGCUUGGAAGUGCUGCUGGGGAAAAGAAAUAGGGACAAUCUCUCUUCCACUAUAGCUGUAGAAAACGAAUACAUUUCCACAGAAAGUGUGCUAGAUUAAUUGGUCAAUUACAAACAUUCACUAAAACGUCAGGGCCUCUCUUUUGCAGUGCAGGAUUUGUGACAGUGGAUAUCUCUGUUCCAUAUUCUACUGCUAUCUGGAUGUCCGAGUUUAAUGCCAGAUUUUAUGAGACAGAACUUGGCACCUCCUAGAAGUGUUCACAUAUACUAAAUUAUCUGCUGUUAUGGAAAUAAUUAAAUGACAUGUUUCUUGCCUGAAAGACGUAUUGUGGCCUUACCUGUUGAAGUAUGAAGUGGACUGUUGACAUUCAGGGAUGUUGCCAUAGAAUUCUCUCAGGAGGAGUGGGAACACCUGGACUCAGAUCAGAAGCUUUUAUAUGGGGAUGUGAUGUUAGAGAACUACAGAAACCUGGUCUCUCUGGGUCUCGCUGUCUCUAAGCCGGACCUGAUCACCUUUUUGGAGCAAAGGAAAGAGCCCUGGAAUGUGAAGAGUGAGGAGACAGUAGUCAACCAGCCAGAUAUCUUUUCUCAUGAUACUCAAGGCCUCUUAAGAAAGAAGCUCAUAGAAGAAUCAUUCCAAAAAGUGAUAUUGGAUGGAUAUGGGAGCUAUGGCCCUCAGAAUUUAAACUUAAGGAAAGAGUGGGAAAGUGAGGAGAAAAAUCAGUACAAUAAAUCUGAUACAACAUUAAGCCAAGGCAUAAGCCCCAGAAGACAUCAGAAAACUCAUUUUCUACAGAACCAUUACAAAUGUAAAAAAUGUGAGAAAGCCUUUCAUGAAUGCACCAACCAUGUCCAUCAGAGUAUCUUUAUUCAAGAAAAGUCUGCCAAAUGUAAUAAGUGUGUGGAAACUUUUAUCCAGUCAUCAAAACAUACUCAGCCUCAGAGAAUCCAUAUUGGAGAAAAGUCACACAGAUGUAAUAAUGGUGAGAAAAUCCUUAGUAAAUUGUCAAGUCUAAGAAUACAUGAGAUAAUCCAUAAUGAAGAGAAACCUUACAAAUGUAAAGAAUGUGACAAAGCCUUUAACCAUCGUUCACACCUUACUCAGCAUCAAAUAAUUCAUACUGGAGAGAAACCAUACAAAUGUAAAGAAUGUGGCAAAGCCUUCAAUUCUAGUUCAUAUUUUACUCGACAUCAGAGAAUUCACACUGGAGAAAAACUUUACAAAUGUAAAGCAUGUAGCAAAUGUUUUACUCAUUCUUCAAAUCUUCUUGUGCAUCGGAGAAUUCAUACUGGAGAGAAACCUUACAAAUGUAAAGAAUGUGGUAAAUCAUUUAAAGUGUCUUCAGCCCUUACUCAGCAUGAGAGAAUCCAUACUGGAGAGAAACCCUACAAAUGUAAGGAAUGCAGCAAAGCCUUUAACUGUAGGUCGUACCUAACUAAACAUCAGAGAAUUCAUACCGGAGAAAAACUUUACAAAUGUAAAUCAUGUAGUAAAUCUUUCUCUCGUUCCUCAAGUCUUAUUGUCCACCAGAGAAUUCAUACUGGAGAAAAACCCUAUAAAUGCAAACAAUGUGGCAAAGCCUUUAAUUGUAGUUCACGCCUAACUCAACAUCAAAGAAUUCAUACUGGAGAGAAACCCUACAUAUGUAAAGAAUGUGGCAAAGCCUUUAACUGUAGUUCAUCCCUUACUAAACAUCAGAGAAUUCACACUGGAGUAAAACUUUACAAAUGUAAAGCAUGUAGCAAAUCUUUCUCUCAUUCCUCAUGUCUUUCUGUGCAUCAGAUAACUCAUACUGGAAUGAAACCAUAUAUAUGUAAGGAUUGUGGUAUCUCCUUUAACCGGUCUUCAAACCUUAGACGACAUCAGAUGAUUCAUACUGGAGAGAAACCCUACAAAUGUAAAGAAUGUGGCAAAUUGUUUAAUCGAUGCUCAACCCUUACUCGACAUAAGAGAAUUCAUACUAGAGAAUUUCUAUAGUUACAGUAAAUGUGAAAAGAGUUUUAUCCAAAAUUUAGAACUUAAAAAUCACCAUAGAGUUUAUAGGGAAACAACUUACAGAUUGAAUAAAUGGGAGGAAGUAUUUAAUCAGAACUCAAAUCUGAAUGUGUCAGGACUUACACAAAAAAGGACUAAAGUCCCCAGACUUUAAAAUUAAAUGAGAGUAUUUGUUAUGGAAGAUUACUCUAAAGCCAAAGCAGUUAUUUAUUUUGUUACGUGUUUCAAAUGAGCAAAAGCAUUGACAUUUGGACAAGUAAUUAUUCAGUGAGCACAUUAUUUGUAUUGAAAACAUUUGAAAUUUGUAUAAAGCAAAUUAUAAUUCAAUUCUCAAGUUUUUAUACCUUAAUGCUUAGUGUUUACAUAAAAACAUAUAGUCUAUUUUUUCUACAUCAGAGCUAUGAGAGGUUGUUCUAUAGUAAAUGAAUAUCAUUAAUACCAAUUUAUUUUCAUGGAAGUUUAAUGGCAAAUGUAAAAUACAUGAAGAAAAUCUUAAAGAGGCUCUUUGUGUUUGAAUCAUAAAAUAGUAAUGUGUGUAAGCAUAUAGUACAUAUUUAGGGCAUUAUUAUUCUAUACUAAAGUAAAAGAGGAAUAUUCUGAAUUUAUUUAUUACAUCAAUUGUUCCUUAAGUAGAAAAACACUGGUCUGUUAUUUAAAAUACUGGCAAACCUCUAUAGUACAAUGAAGUAGUAAUCUUGAAUAUUAUUUGAUGUGUUAAAAAUAAAAACAUCUUCACAGAUAUCAGAGGAAAGUGAAAACUCAUAUCUGAAAGAUUGUAAAUAUGCUUUAUAUCAAUUUUCCAGAGGACUUAAACUUCUAAUAAUAUUGAUAAUAUUCUCAUGGUUACUAUUUUGUAUUCUUGCCUGCUUUUUGUAGCUACUGGUGUACUAUGACAGUUAUAAUAAAGAUUAUAUGGGGGUAUACUUAAAAGUCAUACUUUUAAAAUCCUGAAUCAUUGUUUAUAAAAUUUUAUUCAAUAUUUUUCUUUGCACAUACCCUUUUUCAGUCCAAUUGAACACUUAGAGAUUUUUCUUUGCUUUCACUUGCAUUGAAUGGAAUAUACAGAUGUAUUAAGAUAGAAAGAAAAAGGUGUAAGAGAACUAUACAGGCAGAAAUGCAUGUGUGUGUACCUGUCUUCAAAUGGAAAAGAAAAUGAUGGAUCACAACAGGAAAUUUGAGAACUAUUGAUUUAUUACCAAACUAGAAACCUCACAAAUUCUCAAAGCUAAAUUAGUUUCUCAUUGCACACUGAAUUUUUCUCUCAUAAAUCUAAUGUCUUCUGGGUUCAGACUGUAUCCCAUACAAAUCCUUUUUUCUUGCCUAUGAUUCAUGUAAGAAGAAUUAUGUGAUUUUCUUAUUUCAAAGCUUAUAAAAUAUUGCUUAUAAGUUC